UCACGCGCCGGCGUCCCCUUGCUAGGGACCGUAAAGCGCGGAAGGUCGCGGGCUCAGUUUUCCCCGGAACUUUUUUCCUCCCGCCGCCUCGUUCCCUCCCCAUUCCUUGUGCCCCCUUUCCGGCCUCCGCGAUCCCCCGCGACUGCUGUGGCGGCUGCUGCUAUGCGUCAGCCCGGGUGUUGCUGAGCGCGGAGCCCGUGGGGGCACGUGAGGUGCCCACGCUGAAUGCUAGGAAAACCCUGAUGCAGUUGUAAUCAUUCCCUGCUCUCAGAGAACUCCCUCAUAACAUUGGAAUUCUGGGGAUCUCCUUCUUAGCUGAGUGAGAGCACAUCUCCCAGUUGCUGGCAGACGUGAUGUUUCACCGGUUGCUAUCAGUGGUCCGAAGACAAAGAAACGGCCGAGGAUGGCAGAAGUGGUCCUCAGUCAGAAGCGGUGCAUUCGUCGCCGAAGCGCAUUCCGUUGCCCUGCCUGCCGAGGCACACGUGGUCAUCUGUGGGGGUGGAAUCAUGGGCACAUCUGUGGCCUAUCAUCUCUCUAAGAUGGGAUGGAAGGAUAUUGUCCUUUUGGAGCAGGGCAGGCUGGCUGCUGGCUCUACGAGGUUCUGUGCUGGCAUCCUAAGCACCGCCAGACACUUGACCAUUGAGCAGAAGAUGGCAGACUAUUCAAACAAACUCUACCAUCAAUUAGAGCAAGAAACAGGGAUCCAAACAGGUUACAUAAGGACGGGCUCGAUCUUCCUGGCACAAACUCAGGACCGGCUGAUCUCCCUGAAGCGUGUUAACUCAAGGCUGAAUGUCAUAGGCAUCCCUUCCGAGAUCAUCUCCCCCAGGAAAGUGGCCGAACUUCACCCUCUCCUCAAUGUGCACGACCUGGUGGGGGCCAUGCAUGUUCCCGAGGAUGCGGUGGUGUCCUCCGCUGAUGUGGCCCUUGCCCUGGCAAGUGCUGCCUCCCAAAAUGGUGUUCAGAUCUAUGACCGGACGAGUAUUCUUCAUGUUAUGGUCAGAAAAGGUCAAGUCACUGGUGUGGAGACAGAUAAAGGACAGAUCCAGUGCCAGUAUUUUGUCAACUGCGCUGGUCAGUGGGCAUACGAGCUGGGUCUGUCCAACGAGGAGCCGGUCAGUAUCCCGUUACAUGCCUGCGAGCACUUCUACCUUCUGACUCGCCCCCUGGAGACCCCCCUGCAGAGCAACGCACCAACUAUUGUGGACGCUGACGGAAGAAUUUAUAUUCGGAACUGGCAGGGUGGCAUCUUGUCUGGGGGCUUUGAGAAGAACCCGAAACCAAUUUUCACUGAGGGCAAGAACCAGCUGGAGAUUCAGAAUCUACAGGAAGACUGGGAUCACUUUGAGCCCCUGCUGAGUUCCCUCCUGCGUCGGAUGCCAGAACUGGAGGCUCUGGAGAUCGUGAAGUUGGUGAACUGCCCUGAGACCUUCACCCCGGACAUGAGGUGCCUCAUGGGAGAGUCUCCUUCAGUGCAGGGCUACUUUGUCCUGGCGGGAAUGAACUCUGCUGGCCUUUCGUUUGGCGGGGGAGCCGGAAACUGUGCUUCUCCUGAGUCCGUGUGCCUGUAAAUGACCUGUGCAAGAUGAAAACUCGUUACUUGAGAGAAACUUUACAUCAUGUUGACAGUGCUGCUUAUAAGUUUGUGAGUAAUGUGGCAGUGUUGGGAUGGGAUGUGCAGAAAGAAAAUCGAAACGGUAGUUUAUUCUUCAGUAUUAAAGCACUGUAGACGAGACCUCUAUCUUAGAUACUAAAGACAUCCUUGCUGGCUACUCUGGCCCAGAAGCAACGACGAGGUAU